AUGAACUCGAUCCGCGCCAUCCAGGAGCUGAACAAGCGCGAGCUCGAGGCCGCCAUCACCCCAGAGGGCUCGUGGCACACCGACUACCGCGACACGGCCUUUGUCUACAUUGGCGGCCUGCCCUUUGAGCUGUCCGAGGGUGACAUCAUCACCAUAUUCUCCCAGUAUGGCGAGCCCGUGUGGAUCAAGCUCGCCCGCGACAAGGAAACAGGCAAGUCGCGCGGCUUUGCGUGGAUCAAGUACGAGGACCAGCGGAGCUGCGACCUGGCCGUCGACAACCUGGGCGGCGCCAACAUCAUGGACCGCACCAUCAGAGUCGACCACGCGCGGUACAAGCCCAAGGACGACGAGGACAUGAGGGACAAUACCAUGGGCGAGCUCGACCUCGACCCGGCCAACGAGUCGGACGGCGGCAGGCGCAAGCGACGAAAGACAGAGAGCGAGUCCGACUCCGACGAAGACCGCCCAUUGCUGCCCGAGGAGAUUGAACUGGCCCGCCUCAUGGACAAGCUGGAUGAAGACGAUCCCAUGCGCGACUCGAUGAUCAAGCGGCAGCAGGAAAAGGCGGACGAGGCAGUCAAGAAGUUCAAGAAGCAGAAGCGCAAGGAGAAAGAGAGGGCACGGCGAAAGGACAGACAUGGUCGGAGAGACAGGUCAAAAGACCGUGAUAGGGAGAGGAGGCGUAUCAAGGAAGACGGAGAGGACGACGACCGCGACAGGCGGUCGCGGCGGAGGGAACAUCGAAGCAAGAGUCGGGACAGGGGCCGAGACGACUCUGAAGACAGACAUCGCAAACGCCGGGCAGAACGCGCCCGAGACCGGAGUGAAGAUUCCAGAGACCGACACGAUAGACACAGAAAGCGCGAGAGACGACGCUCGGCGUCUGGCGAGAGAGAGAGAGACACUCGCGUGUAAAGGGUUCACGAUCGCCUCUGCCAUAUCGAGCUCGUUCUCCUUGAUGUUCGGUCCAAGUUCUUGCAACACUUGAUACAUGAAUAUUUCGUCCUCAACCACAUUUCCAUUCGGGUCUGGUCUUGAAGUCCUCGAUACUUCCACUGUCUUCCAUGGCUAUCAGCGGCAUAUACUCAAUUCUUCUUGCCGCCAUGUAUAGCUACUCAUGUGGCACCUCAAUGGCAUAUGCACCUGCAACACUGAUGAAGGAGACCAAGCUUCUCCGCCAGUGUAUGCGUGCGAGUUGGAGAGAAUACCCGGGGAUAAAGAGAAGAAAGCAGGGAUCGCGUUAUGCAAAGAGGAGGAGACAUGUAUGAACAGCAUGGAAAUUUAAGAGGAAAGGCGACAUAGCGAGAUCAACUGUAUUGCAGUGCCCUUGAUGGCAAUAUCAGCGAAUGUAGGCAGGACAAGGCGAGCCUAGCCGAGCUGCAAAUAAACAAUAAUCUACUUUGAAC